AUUUCACUGCGUCAUUUCGUGUGCUGUGCUGUGUUGUUUUCCAGAAAAUCGAAUACUUUAUUUCUAGAAAUUGUAAUUGUAAUCAAAACAGACAAUGGGUGAAGAAGACGAAUAUGCAUGUGUUAACAGAUCACAGCUGAAGAUAAAAGACAAUUCUGGCAUCAAAAAGAAAAAGAAGAGGAAAGCUAAGAAGGAAACGGAGAAACUUAUGGAGAAUGAAGUCAAACAACAGGUUCAACAACAACAAACGCAGCAGCAACAGCCAGUUGCUGUUGUAGUCAACACUAAGACUAAGGCUGAAAUGGCUUUCCAAAAGAUGCAGGAGAAAAUGCAAAAACAAAGAAUACAGCAGAAAGCAGAGAUGACUCACAAACAGAGGGUAGAAAAGUUCAACCAGCACCUGGACAGUUUGACUGAACACUUUGAUAUACCCAAAGUAUCUUGGACUAAAUAAAAUAGACUUAUUUGGAAUUUGGUUGUAUUUUAUAGAAUAAAUAUGUGAAAACUAGGUGUCCCCACAAUUUUACGGGCAUUGCUAGGGAACAUCUCAUACAUGGAUGAAAAUAUAAUAACUUAUUCCUAUGUUAUUCAGGUGAAUACACUAUAUUACUGACUGCCAAUGUUUAUCAAGUAUGUUCAGUAGUUUUGCAUGAUGGUUGAAACACACAAAGUUGUGCCUCUAUUAUUAUAAAAGUCUUUCAGGGCUUAUUUAGUCUUAAAUUAACACCUACUGUAAGUUUAGGUUUAAGUAAUUUUAUAUAAAUAAAUGUGUUUUAACUUGAA